GCUAGCUACGACUUUCAGUUUCCCUUCCUCUAUUCCAUUUACAUAUUUUUUUCUGCUGCUCAGAAUUCUUUUGGAAAGUGGAAGCCCUCACAGUUCAGUGAUCAGAGAGCUUUAGGUUAACAAACUGCCUGGAAGAGAGUCAGAGUCAAGAGAUUAAGAGAAAAAACAAACAAAAUCAAAGGAGUCACUGAAGAUACAGAGACCGUGAAGUGAAGAAGUGCCUUUGGAUUUUCAGGUAACAUUCCACCUCCAACAUGGCCCGUAACAUUUGGAUGCCAGCCCCAGUCUGCCUAAUCGAAAAUAGUAAUGGGCAAUUCAUGGUGAAUCAGGAAGCACUGCAGGUCCUUACCACAGUUACCCAGCCUGUGGUGGUGGUGGCAAUUGUGGGACUCUAUCGCACUGGAAAAUCCUACCUGAUGAACAAGCUGGCAGGGCAGAAAACUGGUUUCUCCCUUGGCUCCACAGUGCAGUCUCACACCAAGGGCAUCUGGAUGUGGUGUGUUCCUCAUCCCAUUGAGCCAAAUCACACCCUCAUUCUUCUGGACACUGAGGGUCUGGGUGAUGUGGAGAAGGGUGACAAUAAGAAUGACACAUGGAUCUUUGCCCUGGCCGUGCUACUGAGCAGCACCUUUGUCUACAACAGCAUGGGCACCAUCAACCAGCAGGCCAUGGACCAGCUACACUAUGUGACAGAACUGACAGAUAAAAUCAAGACAAAAUCCUCCCCCAGCACUGAGCAGAUGAAUGACUCCAUGGAAUUUGCAAGUCUCUUCCCAGACUUUGUGUGGACUGUGCGUGAUUUCAUCUUGGAGUUGGAAAUCGAUGGGCAGCCUAUCACCUCUGAUCAGUACCUGGAGAAUGCCCUGAAAGUGAAGAAAGGUACCAGUGAAGAAGCCAGGCUGUGUAUCCGAAAGUUCUUUGAAAACAGGAAAUGCUUCAUCUUUGUCCCACCUGCUCAUGGGAAGAAGCUCAAACAGCUUGAGGAACUUCAUGAUGAUGAACUUGACGUUGACUUUGUGGAAAAUACUAAAAACUUCUGCAAUUACAUCUUUAAUGACGCUAAGACCAAGACUCUCCCAGGAGGUGGCAUAGUCAAUGGGCCCCGUCUAGGAAACCUGGUCCUGAACUAUGUCGAAGCCAUCACCAGUGGACAUGUUCCAUGUAUGGAGAAUGCAGUCUUGGCACUGGCGCAGCUAGAGAACUCAGCUGCCGUUCAAAGGGCCCUUACACUAUAUGAAGAGACAAUGAGGCAGAAGGUCCAGUUCCCCACGGAAACCAUUCAAGAACUGUUGGAUGUCCAUGCCAUCUGUAAGAGGGAAGCCACUCAAGUCUUCAUCAAGGACUCUUUCAAGGAUAUGAAUCAGGAAUUCCAAACAACACUGGAGAUUCAGCUAGAAGCCAAGCUAGAUGACUUCCGACAACACAAUAAAAGAGAGUCCCUAGACCGGUGCACCGCUUUGCUUCAGAAUAUUUUCGGUCCUCUGGAGGAAGAAGUGAAGCAGCAAGCCUUCUCCAAACCAGGAGGCUAUGGCAUCUUUCUUCAGAAGAAGCAAGAGCUCAUAUCUAAGUACCACCAGCAGCCCAAGAAGGGGAUGCAGGCAGAAAAGACUUUGGAAGAAUACUUGAAGUCAAAGGAAACUGUAGCUGAUGCAAUUAACCAGGCAGACAAAAUACUUACUGCCAAAGCAAAAGAGAUAGAAGAACAACAGAGGAGAGCACAAGCUGCAGCAGAUGCUGCAAGAGAGUUGGAAAUACAGCAAAGAAGGCAGGAGCAGAUAAAGUUGGAAAAUGAAAGGAGACAGCAAGAGCAGCUAAGACAAAUGGCUGCAAACAUGGAAGCCCAGAGGAAGCGAUUGUUGGCAGAGCAAGAGAGAGAGCAGGCUAGGAGACUACAGGAACAAGCACAAUUACUCCAGGAACAGCAAAGGAGGGCGAUUGCUGAACAACAGCUCCAGAUCCAGAAUUUGCAGGCCCAAUGUCACCACCGUCACUCACGUAAUGACUGUAUUAUAUCCUGAAGAUAAGAGUUUCACCAUCUCACUGAACCAUCGCUACAGUGUCAGUUAAAUGAGAAAUGCUUAUGCUUAGGACAAGGCACAAGAGACUUAGCUUACUGAAAUAAUAGGAGAAUUUUCCAAUUGUACAAUUAAAUGUAUCUCAGAAAGGA